GGUCCUCUCGAUAUCCACGUUUCAAGUCAAAAAUCCAAACCAGAAGAAAAAGAAAAGAGAUUUUAAACUGAGGGUUCGAAAACGAAACCCGGAUAUACAAGGAAAAAAAAAAAUUUAAAAUUUUCUCUCAUUUUCUUUCGUUUUCUCGCACUUUCUUUUUGAUUUUCUUUUUUGAAAAAAGGGAAUGGCUUUGAGCAUGACGCACCAGAUAGGUACACUCGCAGGAACUCCCGUGGUUACAUCGGAGAACGGUACAUCGGUUGAAACAACGGCGACGGUGAGUGCAUCGGCGGUGUGGAAGUCUCCGGCGGCGAAUCUCAGAUGCAGGGUAAAGAGCUCAGAAAUUGGUGAAAGAGUUCCAUCGGUAUCGCCGCCGUUGAGUCCGUGCAGGUCGCCGGUGCUCUCACCGGUGCUCUCAGCAAUCCGAUCGGAUCUGUCCGUAGCUUGUCAAGCUUUCGCGACGGAGAUGGAAGCUCCAGCGGCGGAUAUUCCUGUGAGGGAGUAUAAGGAAUGGAGGGCGCAGGAUAAGGGGAUGGGUGUGCCGGUUUACGUGAUGAUGCCGUUGGAUAGCGUGACGAUGAACCACACGGUGAAUCGGAGGAAGGCGAUGAACGCGAGCCUUCAGGCGCUGAAGAGUGCGGGCGUGGAAGGGAUCAUGAUGGACGUGUGGUGGGGUCUGGUUGAGAAGGACACGCCCGGCGCGUACAACUGGGGAGGUUAUAGCGAGCUCCUUGAAAUGGCCAAGAAGCACGGGCUCAAAGUUCAGGCAGUCAUGUCCUUCCAUCAGUGUGGCGGGAACGUAGGCGACUCUUGCACAAUUCCUCUACCGAAGUGGGUUGUGGAAGAGAUUGACAGAGACCGAGACCUUGCAUACACUGAUCAAUGGGGAAGGAGGAAUUACGAAUAUGUGUCCCUUGGCUGCGAUACCAUCCCAGUUCUUAAAGGCCGUACACCUGUGCAGUGUUAUUCUGACUUCAUGCGUGCUUUCAGAGACAACUUCAAACACCUCCUUGGUGACACAAUUGUGGAAAUUCAAGUUGGAAUGGGUCCAGCAGGCGAGCUUCGUUACCCUUCAUACCCAGAGCAACAUGGUACUUGGAGAUUCCCAGGAAUUGGUGCCUUCCAGUGUUUUGACAAGUAUAUGCUAAGUAGCUUAAAAGCGGCCGCUGAAGCUUCUGGUAAGCCAAAAUGGGGAAGCACAGGCCCUACAGAUGCCGGUCACUACAAUAACUGGCCUGAAGACACCCCAUUUUUCAGAAAAGAAGGUGGAGGCUGGAGUAGUGAAUAUGGUGAAUUUUUCCUUUCCUGGUACUCCCAAAUGCUCCUUGACCACGGCGAGAGAAUACUCACGUCGGCCAAUUCAGUAUUUGAGAAUACUGGGGUGAAGAUCUCGGUAAAGAUUGCCGGCAUCCACUGGCAUUAUGGGACAAGAUCCCAUGCCCCAGAGCUCACAGCAGGUUACUACAACACUCGUUUCCGAGAUGGUUACCUUCCAAUUGCCCAGAUGCUAGCACGCCACGGUGCCAUAUUCAACUUCACUUGCAUUGAGAUGCGUGAUCAUGAACAGCCUCAAGAUGCUCAAUGUGCACCUGAGAAACUGGUCAGGCAAGUGGCUUUGGCUACCCAGAAAGCCCAGGUCCCUCUUGCAGGUGAAAAUGCAUUGCCCCGAUACGACGAUUAUGCACACGAGCAGAUCCUGCGAUCAGCAUCGAUGAAUAUCGAUGGCAGCUCAGAGAAUCAGGAAAUGUGUGCAUUCACAUACUUGAGGAUGAAUCCACAUCUGUUCGAGCCAGAAAACUGGAGGCGUUUCGUGGCAUUCGUGAAGAAGAUGAAUGAAGGGAAAAGUGCCCGUAAAUGUUGGGAGCAGAUGGAGAGGGAAGCCGAACAGUUUGUGCAUGUUACUCGGCCUCUUGUUCAGGAGGCUCUUAUGCACUGAGAAUACAGAAUUUGGGGCUUUGAUUCAAUGAUUUGGAAAUUAGAAACAAAGCAUUUGUGUACUAGGCCUUAGAAAAUGGGGUCAUAUAAUGGCAAUUAUUGUGUUUCAUUCCUUGGUUCAUGGCCAUAGCUCUUUUUCUUAUGCUAUGGUAUGUAGUUUGGGAUCUGGGAUCUGUAAUUUUGAUACUAGGGAAUUUUUUUUUUCUUCCUUUUGUUCCCUCUCUAAGCAGGGUAGUAAACUAUGAUCAUAUAAUUUUAUGUAUACACUUUUGAAUUUACAUAUGUUUGUUGUACAAUGCUGUGAAAGUAAUACAUAAUUUCUAUUCCACUUUAUGUAAAA